AUGAGUUCCCUGGUGGUCCUCCUUCUCCUCGUUGUCUGUCCGGUGGAGCGAGUAUGGUGCGACAGCAGGGCGCUGGUGCGGUCCAUCGUCCCGACCCUGGACUCGAGCGAUCCGGCUGCCAAGGACGACAGCGCGGCACCUGCCGGAUCCAAUGCCGCCAACUGGACCACGAUGGCCGAGGCUCUGGAUGUGUUCAGCGCGAGGAAUUUGGUUGGCAAUUGGCUCGGGGCUGAUAAACGGGGUAUCGGCGCACAAUGCCACAGGGACGUCUCGAGGUACAUCGAAGGACUCGCCAGGAGGGAGCUCUGGGCGCUCAAGAUGGACGACGCGACGGGCCGUUACACGAACGGCUUCUACUGGGGCAACUCGUACUUCGUGGGCUCGGCGACGGAGUGCGAGUACAUCGGCAAAGGCGUGUCGGGCUUGGGCCAAGCGCCGGACCCGGACCGAGUGAGCGAAGCCGCCGAGUUCAACGCCGAGCCGCACAAGAAGCGCACCACCGAUGCCGCCUUCAGCCCCAGCGGGAACUACCGGUCAAGUCUACCCAGCGACGCCGACGACCGGCCGCCCUACCCCCUCGGCUUCUUUGUCAUGCGCAUCGCUGUCAACGGAAGCGUUUUUCCACUGGCGAGGACGUUGCACCUGGGCGCCUGUCUGCCGUUCUCGUGCCGCGCGAGCGACGUGGCCGUCAUCGCCAAACUCGCGGCCAGUGAUCAGGCGUCCAAGUACUCCUUCGUCGAGAAGAUCCGCGACCAGCACAGCUACUACGACGUCUACACAGAUCCUAUUUUUUGGAUCCUCUUUAUCGUAACUGCGGUUACUUUCUUCUUGCUGAUCGUCGGGACGAGCUACGAUUUUUACCUGAGACGGAAGAUCAGGCGCAGACAAAAGGUGACCUACGACCUCGAGAAGCACUUGAAACUCGAACAGCUCACAAAUGGCACUGCCAAGAUCCACAAUGCUCCUCAAGGUAUAAGGGUCUACAUUCCUGUUCCAGCGGCCGAGCCCGUCAUCGUCCCUCCCACGGUACCCGUCAACAACAACAACGACCACGAGGGCAGUCUACGCUCCAACACGCCGGAUCUGCAAAAAUUAAACGCAUGGCAGGAGUUGCUGUUGUCCUUCUCGGUGAGAGCGAACCUGGCGGUGAUCUGCGACCGGGACGUGGGCCGCGACACCAUAAGCACGGUCCACGGCUUGCGAGCCAUAUCCAUGGGCUGGGUGAUCCUCGGGCACACGUGCAUCAUCGUGUUCAAGUACGCGGACAACAUGGAGUACCGGAAAGCCGUGGAGAAGAAGUUUCUCUUCCAAACGAUCCAGAACGGCGCGUUCAGCGUCGACACCUUCUUCUUCAUGGGCGGCCUCCUCGUCAGUUUCCUCUACUUCCGGACCAACGCCAAGGGCGACCUCAACCGGCUGACUCAGGGCACCCGCGGCUUCGUCGAGGGCUUCCUCAAGUUCCUCGGCUUCUUGGCCUACAGGUUCUGCCGGCUCACCGCGCCGUACAUGUACGUCCUCGGGAUCACGGCCGUCACGUCGCAGUACUUCCACUCGAACUCGGUCUUCGAGCCCCCCACCAAUGACCACGAGAACUGCCGGAAGUACUGGUGGAGGAACCUCCUCUACAUCAACACCCUCUUUCCAGCCGAUCAGAUGUGCAUGCUGUGGAGCUGGUACGUGGCCGACGACACGCAAUUCUACAUAGUUGGGGCGGUGAUACUGAUCGUGGCGACGAAUCACUUUAGAAUAGCGUCGGCUUCGAUGGUGGUGCUGAUGCUGAGCGCCUGGCUGACCACCGGAUACAUAGCCCUCGUCAACAACCACAUGCCCAACACCGACGAUCCGCUCGCGCUUUUCGACAAGAUUUACGACAAACCCUGGACGAGGCUCGGGCCUUACCUCAUCGGCAUGUCCGUCGGCUACUUUCUCUUCAAGACUGAUCGAAAAAUCGUCAUGUCCAAGGCGACUGUCUUCUUGGGCUGGCUCCUGUCGACGGCUUGCGUGUUGAGUCUCCUGUUUGGCCUCUACGAGACGGAACUAUCACCGGCAGCCGGUGCGGCCUACUCGUCGCUGAGCCACAGUGUAUGGGCCCUUAGCUUGGCUUGGAUCGUCAUUGCCUGCAGUACCGGCUAUGGAGGCUUCGUCAAUUCGAUUUUGUCCGCACCCUUGCUCUAUCCGUUCAGCCGAGUCACGUACUGCGCUUACUUGGUCCACCCCAUUAUCAUUAGGAUGACCGCUAUGAACAUGGACUCGCCGUUUCAUCUGGGAAAAGACAGCAUGUUUAUCACGUACUUGGGCCAGGUCGUGGCUUCGUACAUGUUCUCGUUCGUAAUAUCCGUCGCCUUCGAAGCUCCCGUCGUCAGUAUGCUCAAGAUCUUGUCACCGAACAAGAGGAACCGUAUCCAAUAAGUGUUGUUCAUUUUUAAUGCGCGUCAAAUAUGACAAAUUUCUUUGUAAAAAAUCUUUUUUGUUACCUACUAUAGUUGA